AUGCCGAACAAUUUUGCUGCAUUACGCAAAUCUUUCUUACAACUAACGAAAAGUUGGAAUGAAGAUGGACGUAUUGGAGUUGGAAUGUCAUUGAUAAUACCUCGUUUAUAUAUUGGUAGUUUUAGCGAUGCACAAGAUGAGGAACAGUUAUGCAAAAACGAGAUUGUUGGAAUAAUUUCUGUCGCAAAUAUUUGUCAGCGUCAACCAUCGUAUAUCAAUCACUUCCUUAAAAUAUCGAUAUCUGAUAGUCCAGAUGUUAACAUUUCUGAUUAUUUCAAUGAAACUAAUCGAUUUAUACAUAAAAUUAGGCAAGAACGAAGAGGAGCAGUGUUGGUGAAUUGCAUUGCUGGUGUAAGUCGAAGUGUUAGCAUCGUUACUGCUUAUUUGCUUACGAUACCGAAUGUGGAAUAUGCUCAAGCACUUUCCCAUAUAAGUAGACGAAGGCCAAUUGCUUCUCCGAAUUUCGGCUUUCGUAUGCAGUUAAUGCGUUGCGGAAAUAAUAAAGAUUAUGCUUCAACGUCUGCUCGAAUAAGAAUAGAAACAAGUUCUUCAUUAAUAAAUUAUCUUCGUCAGGAGGUUGAGGAUUGUGUUGUUUUGUUUGGACAUCUUUCAGUUAAUGACGAUAUGAUUUCGUCAUUGGCUACCAAUUACGAGAAAUUAUUUGUUGAUAGAAACAAUCGAUGCGAAAGCGAAAUCGUUCCUAAUUUAUUAGAAUUGCUGCCUGAUUUAACCAGAUCUCAUGGUGAUGUUGCGCAAAAUGAAUCUUUUCAAACAUAUAAUACAUCAAUUCAAGAUUCUUGUGAUUCUCAAUCUGAUCAAAUCUUUAAGCAUUUACCUCAAUCAUCCGAAAAUUUAUCGCAGGACGACAAAUUAAAUGAGGAUGAAGUUAGUGAAAAGACAAAAUGUAAUACUGUGGAUCAUAUAAGUGAAAAUGAUUUAAUAGAACAUUUAGAUAACAUUGAUUUUAUUGACCGCUAA